AUGGGAUUAUCUCGUCAAAGCAGAAUCACCAUCCUACUGGUGAUUGAUACGUUUUUUUUCUUCUUGGAGAUAAUUGCUGGGUACACAGUGAAUUCUUUAGCUCUAGUUGCUGAUUCCUUUCAUAUGUUAAACGAUGUUAUAAGUUUGGUUGUAGCGUUAUAUGCAGUCAAGCUUGCAACAUCGACGUCAUUCUCAUCUAAAUAUUCGUAUGGUUGGCAGCGUGCCGAAGUUUUAGGCGCACUUAUAAAUGGAGUCUUCUUACUAGCUUUAUGCUUUAGCAUUUUUAUAGAAGCAAUUCAACGAUUUUUUGAACCUCAAGUAAUAGAAAAUCCAACAUUAGUGUUUAUCGUGGGAUCGGCUGGAUUGCUAUCAAAUUUUAUAGGAUUACUUUUAUUUCAUGAACACGGACACGGACACGGACAUGGGCAUGAGCACAAAGGACAUUCACACGAUUCUCACCCAGGUAUCCAAUCAACUGAAACCCUUGAACCGGAGGAAAUUUUAGUUCAUCCAGCACAAACACGUCAAUAUCUGGUUGAAGCUGCUCGAACAAUAGAGGAUGUCGUAUCUUCAGAGGAUGACGUAGAGUCUGAAGAAUCUGAUAAUAUUCCUAGAGCUGAUGGGCAAGAUGUUGCCAAUGCUGAACAAACUGUAUCGACGCCAGCGGGAAAUUUGGACACUAAUGAAAAUCUAAAUGAGAUAUCGUCAUCAAUUGCACACAGACCAAGCUAUGGUACAUUGAACAAAACAAAUGAUUCACAUGAUAAGCAUGAUCAUAAACAUAAAGGACAUGCACAUGGCAGUCAAAACCUCAAUAUGCAAGGGGUGUUUCUUCAUGUUCUUGGAGAUGCAUUGGGUAAUAUCGGCGUUAUUGCUACAGCAUUAUUUAUUAAAUAUACAGACUAUGAAUGGAGAUUUUAUGCUGAUCCCUUAAUAAGUUUGAUCAUCACAAUUAUCAUUUUCUCAUCCGCACUACCGUUAGUGCGAAGUACUUCAUUUAUUCUAUUACAAGGCGUACCAUCCGGUAUUCCUAUAGAUGAUGUUCGAGAAAAAAUAUUAAAUACAUCUGGUGUAUUGUCUGUACAUGAAUUACACAUCUGGCAAUUAUCGGAUACGAAAUUAAUUGCAUCUGUUCAUGUAAAAAUUUUGCAUUCUUAUGGAAUUCAUUCCGCCACCAUUCAACCAGAAUUUGAUUUGUCAGCUCGGGGCACUAAUGCCAGUACAUCGAAUGAUUCGGAUAGAGAAAUGAUUGCUAAUGAAUUAGAUGGUAAUGAAUCAGCAUGUUUACUUCGUUGUGCCGAAGAUGAGACAUGUGCAAAAAAUGUUUGUUGUCCAACUCCGACUUCAGCAACCACUGA